UUGACAUGUCAAACGUGAAACAAGGAGCGAACACUUGACAGCUACAUUGGCGUGUUAUUUACCGCAGUAAGCCUUGUUAAAUUAAUAUAAGACAUUCUCUCGUUUGACUGGCUUUCAUGGCCACUGUUUUGUUACCGAACAGUGCGGGUAUCGUUCCAGGGCAAGUGGAGUCGUUUUAUACACCUUUCAAAGCUGCACCGUCGGGGGGAUUGCAAGAAGAUUGCGGGUUCGUUUCAAAUAUAGGGAGGAAUAUUUUUAAUGGCACCCCGACAAUCGACCACAUUCUGAUUAAAUCAGAGAUGGAGAAAUACUUGGAGCCUCAUCCACACCACGGAAUACUUGAGGACAAGAAGUUUGCAAGGGAUGGUUCCACAAUGCUCGAUCAGUCCAGCCAGGGCCAGGGUUCUCCGUACGGCCUCAACCCGAGCGUCUUCCUGCCGGAUGUCACCUACCUGCGUACAGGUCUGUGUCGGCCCGUGACGCCAGCUAUGGCCCAGAUCAAGGCAGAGCCCGUCGAGUCGGUUCUGUAUCCCAGCUGCCCCAGCUCUCUGGCCUCGGGCACCCAUCACCAUGCCGACUACACUGGCCUCUUCAGCCCCGCGUCGGACGCCGGGGGCAACAACAGCAACAACAACAGCGUGUUUGUCAAACAGGAGCCGGUGGCCCCCUCUCUCGACUUCCACGACAUCCCCCUGUUUCAGCUUUUGAACUCGGAACUGGACACGUUCGCACCCGCUAGCGCCCUGUGCUCCGACCUGCAUGGUAGCCUGUCCUCGCCAAUGUCCGCUUUUGGCCUCCACCCGGCAGACCAGUCCAUGGCCAGCAAGGCUCUGUGCGGCGGCGUCCACAGCCGCGGUUACUCGUCGUCCGCUGGCCAGUACCCCCAGCUCCAGCAGAAGCCGGGGUACCUGCCCCCGUCGCCCCCAAGUUCGGAGCCCGGUAGCCCGGACAGGUGCAAAGACCUGCUCCAGAACCUCUCCCCGCCACCAUCCUACGCCGCCAGCAUGGCGUCCAAAAUGGCCGUGCAGAGCCCCAGCCUAGCUGGCGCACCCAUGCCCACCCCAGCACCUGCAUCUGCCCAGGUCAUGCCCAUCAGGUACAACCGCCGGAACAACCCCGACCUGGACAAGCGGCGGAUACAUCACUGUGACAUACCAGGUUGUAAGAAGGUCUACACCAAGUCGUCACAUUUGAAAGCUCAUUUGCGGACGCACACGGGAGAGAAGCCGUACAAGUGCUCAUGGGAGGGUUGUGACUGGCGCUUUGCCCGCUCCGACGAGCUGACGCGCCACUUCAGGAAGCACACGGGGGCCAAGCCCUUCCAGUGUUCCGUCUGCAGCCGCAGCUUCUCGCGCUCUGACCACCUGGCCCUCCACAUGAAGAGACACCAGAACUAGCGCCCGCGGGCCGCCGCUAGCCCUAGCCCCCCUAUCUCCCGCUUUUAAUUACUCCACAGGUGGACGGGGAUGGGGGACUGGGCGUAGCUCGUUCCGCCAGGUACAAGGCUCCCCUGGCGGUAGGAGCGUUUUAAGAACAGCCGUGGUCGCCUGGACGAAAAACAAGGCGACUGCCGCGAGAACAUUGA